GAAUCGCAUUGACAUCAUGCCGGCCACAGGUCUGAUUCUGCUGGCCGCUCUGCUGUCUUCACUGGGGUUUUCUGCCCAAAACGAUUUCGGCAUUGUCAAUGGCAGAGAGACUGUGCCACAUGCCAGGCCCUACAUGGUCUCCUUGCAAGUCAGGGACUAUCACACCUGCGGGGGAUUCUUGGUGUCCAAGUCCUUCGUGAUGACUGCGGCACACUGCUUCUUGUGGCAACACAACCUGACUGCUGUGCUUGGUGCACAUGACAUUACAAAGAAAGAAAAUACGGUCAGAAUACCUGUGAAGUUUUACCACAUCCACCCUGGGUACGACCACAAAACUUUAGACAAUGAUAUUAUGCUCCUGCAGCUGGAGAAGGCCGUUGAGUGGAGCAAAACGAUCCAGGAGAUUGAAAUCCCUAAGAAAGAUCAGGAAGUCAAGGGUGGGUCUCUGUGCAGCGUGGCCGGUUGGGGGUUAUCUGAAGAUGGCAGACAAGCCCAGCCACGCCUAAUGGAGGCCAACGUGACCACUGAAUCGUACAAGGCUUGCAAAAGUGCAUGGAAAACUAUAUCAAAACGAAUGCUGUGUGCAGGAGGCAAUAAAGAUAGAAAGGGAAUCUGUCAGGGUGAUUCUGGAGGUCCGUUGGUGUGUAAAAAGAAGGCCUUGGGGAUCGUGUCAUUCAACCAGAAAAAAAACUGCAACUCGCCCACAAAACCCAAUGUCUACACUCAAGUGUCCAAGUACAUAUCAUGGAUCAAAUGCAUCAUCAACAGUAACACUGACACAGGAAACCGCAUAAGUAACCACACCGUCCCAUUUGAGCUACAUAAAAUGCUGCUUCAGACACUGGUUUUAGAGCAAACGUGUCUUAACACCAUGUCUCCAGUAUGCUUUGUUCUGCUCUCUGUACUCCUGCCUACUCUGGUGCAUGCUGACUCCUCCGGCGGAGAAAUCAUCAAUGGCAAAAACGCAGCGAAGAAUUCUCUGCAGUACAUGGCCUCCUUGCAGUUGGAUGGAAAACAUUAUUGUGGAGGAUUUUUAAUUUCAGAAAAAUUCAUACUGUCUGCAGCUCACUGUGAAAAACCGGGUAACAUAAGUGUACUUCUGGGUACUCAUAAUAUAAAAUCAAACCAGGGGAUCAGAUUCCAUGUAGCUAAAACCUACAAACCUACAGACUAUAAAGGUGUCAGUUCUGGUAAUGACAUCAUGCUUCUGCAGUUGUCGAAACCCGUCAAAUACAGCAAAACAAUUAAACCCGUGGCAGUCCCAACGACAGACAAGUUGAUAAAAGCCAACACUGUGUGCCACGUUGCUGGUUGGGGCUCCAUGAAAACGCGAGGAAAGAUCGCUGACAACCUUCAAGUUGUAGAAAUUUCCACUAUUGAUGAGGACAAGUGUCGGAAGCUAUGGAGAUCUCAGCGCGAAGAACUUCCAGCCAAAAUAAUCUGCGCUGGUGGAUACGGGACCAAGAACGGAGCGUGCCAGGGGGACUCAGGGGGCCCCUUGGUGUGCAAUGGCGUAGUCCAGGGCAUCGUCUCAUUCAACUUCGGCAAAAAAUGCGACUACCCAACCAUGCCCAACAUUUAUACCAAUGUCUCCAAGUUCUUACCCUGGAUAAGAAAAAUAAUUAAAAAUGCUUCAUAGUCUGACAUUUUCAUUUCAGGUAUUUUCAGGUAUACAUACUGUACAGACAUUGCAUUCAUUUUAUAUUCUACAAACAGUACGAAUUUAUGCAACUAAUUGAGAAAGUAUAUCUUUUAAGUGAGUUUAUGAUUAAUUUAGCUUACUACUCUCGAAAAUGAUGAAAAUGUUUGAGACGAUAUUGAUGUACAUGUUUUAUAAUGUUAAAAACUGCAACAGUAAAACUAUAUACUAUAAAAU